CGAUUCAUCACCGCCACACGCUUCCAGUGCUUCUUCUAAGUUGGACUUGUAGGAGAACUGCAUAAAACUUUAAAGAAGGAACAACUGUUGUGUCUUUCUUCUAUAUGGCGGGUCUGGCGUCACUGAGUCUCAGGGCCGAGCGUCUAAGUACUGCCAUAUGUCGAUGGCUACCGUGACGGUGGGAUUCUAGAACGUCGAUGCUGAGAAUACGUACGCCUCGGUUUGGUUCCGCAUUCACCUUCCGCAUUCAUAGAUACGACUUUACUAACACCCCAGGAUCUUUUCCUACCUGUAUAUACCAUUUAACGGCAGGACAGGACACUAUCAAAAGCAAUCUGGUUUCAGCAGUGCUAUGGCGAGCAAGACUGCGACCAGCACGCCGAACAGAGUAGAAGUAAACCAGCGUGCACUGGUUGAUAAAUUGCUCUCUCGACAUGCCGAAGAGUUCACAGUGUUUCGAGAGCUAUUACAGAAUGCUGAUGACGCCAGAGCGAAGAAGGUCCUAAUAGAGUUUCAGACCAUCGACUAUUCUACAUCCGCGGAAGCAAAUGGCCAGGCAAAUAGAAUCAAUGACUCGGAGACGAUCCCGGACCUGAACACUACGAAGGCAUCUCGGCAGUUAUUCAAAUGGAUUGUUCGAAACAAUGGUGAUUACUUUGAAGAGAAGGACUGGGAACGGCUGACGAAAAUCGCGGAUGGAAAGCAUGACGAACAGAAAAUUGGAGCAUAUGGUGUUGGGUUCUAUAGUGUUUUCGGUGCCACCGACAGCCCGAUGGUCUUCUCUGGAGGCAAAUGUCUGUCAAUAUUUUUCAAGGGUGACCAGCUAUAUACAUUACAGGAUACUUGUGCUAUGAGCGAGUGGACCUCCAUCGAGAUGGACCUGAAGGAAGAUAUGCAAGUUCCCAUCCCGAAACCAUUCGACUUCGCCCGAUUUUUGGCAGCUGCAAUGACAUUCAUGUCGAGUGUGGAAAACGCUCAUGUUUUAUUCAACAACAAAGUCUUCGUGAAGAUCGCUAAGCCUAGACAGGUACCCACACCGAUUUGUGUUCCCAAAGACAUGUUGCCAAGGAGCAAGGGAGGCACGAUGAAUAUCGAGGCAGUUUCAGUAGUUACUCGAGAAAUUACCGUUGAACUCACAGACUGGGCACGCGCCUCCGGAACAAAAACCCAUAUCCACAUCUCUCUGGAUCCUGUGAAACGCAAAGACUUUUGGGAUGGCUCCAAUAGUGAAGCCCCUGAAGUCGCCAAAGUAGUAUCUCGAGCUUCGACCCAUGCCCGCCCGCCCUGGUGGACCCAUAGCGCCAGAUACACAGUAUAUUCGGCUCAAGUAACGACUAGUCCUAGCGAGGGCCUUCAAAGGGGCCUAAGAGCAAUGACAAAGGGAGAUCCUCCUUUCCACUUCAAUUUUGAGUUGGUCUACUUCUCCAAGGAGGAGCAGGAUGCAAGAGCAGCAGAGGAGAAGAGCGAUCCUGACAUGGGAAGCGUAUUCAGGGGACCGCAAGGUCUAUUUCCUCAGCUAGAUGGGGAAUACAUGUCCCGGAUCUUCAUCGGUCAAAGUACAGCGCAAACGACUGGUAUUGGUGGGCACAUGUCUGGCCUAUUCAUUCCCACUGUGGAACGAGGAUCCAUUGAUCUAACAAACGGCCAUGUCGCAAGUGGGUUCCUUGCAAGGCUUGUGUAUGAACAGGAGAUUCGCAAGGUCCGGGAUGAUUGGCCUGCAGUCGACGGUAUUAUUGUCCCGACGGCUCACGCUUCGGCGCUAUCCUCAAAAGCCAAGGCCUCAUAUGCCAUGCGUUACUUCACGUUCCAACCAUCCACUCCGGAUGCCCCAGUCUCGAAAAUCUUGCAAGAUGCGUUUUUCGACUGUUUCGACUAUUCCCUCAACGAACAUUUCCCCGUCUUGACAAAUUCUGGUAUUCGCUACACUAAGGAAGUUCGGAACUCUCACGUUGAUUUUGUCUCCUUCAUGAAAUUGGUCCGGGAGUACACGUUUCAAGACGUGCUGGGCGAAUUGGGUGCAAGGACCUUGAAAGAGGAAGAGAUGGUUGGUUGUCUGCGGUGGUGGGUCAACUUCACAAGUCAGCUUGAAGACGAAGACAAGGAAACUACUCUCACAUUCCUGUCCCGCCUGACAGGGCAGGCCAAGUCGGAAAUCAGGAAUUCCACGCGUGUUGUGGAACUUCGCAACAUCAGCAAGUUUAUUGAUUCCAACGUUUGGCUCCCUUGGCUCCAGUCGGACGAUGCUCUUCCUCCAGACACCAUCCCGUUUUCGUUUACGAGGACUCUUGACCGACGAAACUUUUCCUCGUCACUUCUGUGGCAGCCAAUGACCGUUGUGGACUGGCUGAGUCACUUGAUAAGCCCUCAGAUCGACGCGGCCCAUGACAUCCGCAAAAGCGCUACGUACUCUAACCGUAUCCUGGGGAUUCUGGGCAAAAUUUGGCCCGUGUUGUCCAGUGAAAUGAAAUCCCAGGCAAAGGAUCUCAUGCAGGAUGUCCCAUGGAUUGCAACAAAUCUAGGAUUCCAGCGACCUGGUGGAGCGUAUUUCCCAGAACCAGACGUCUUUCAUGAUUUGCCUGUUGUCUCUGUCAACCUGAUGGAUCCGCAAGUUCUCACUGUACUCGGCGAGUUCGGGGUCAAACGGCAUCUUUGA